CAUUUCAGCGCCGCGAUCCGUUGCACGUCAUGGAAUAGAUUUAAAGCGGAAGCCUUGGUAGCUUAGAUCGACCCCCAGAAGCCGAUUAUGGAUGAAGUGCUUGACGCUGUGGUCAUUAUUCCAAAAAGAAUUCUAUUCUAAACUUCGCUCAAUCGGCAUAGCCAGUCGAAAAGCAACAGAGGAAUACCUUGCCUACAUAGAUAUGAGCCGCUAUCCCAAGUAUGGGCGUAUCAAAGCCCAUCAUACUCUAGGGCUCGCCUGUAGCACGUGAUGGGUUUAUUUCAUGUAGAGAGGGCUUUUAUAACUCAAAGAAUCGGGCUCGGAUGUCAUGUUUGGCUGCUUAGCGCUCAACGUUGUAGCUUUCGGACUUUUACUGGCGUGUACUCAUCAUCCAAUUACGUUGCUCUUUUUUUCUGCUACAGCCGCUUUCUUGAUUAGUGAUGAGGCCAAAUCCUGUGGAUCAUCUGUUUACGGUGGACGGGUGAUAAUACCAAAGGAAAGAAAAGCCGAACGGCCACUUGCUCUAUGCGUAAUAUGCAAGGAUCUACUCGAAAAAUAAGAACGCAGCGUUAUCGUGAAGGGGCAUAUUCACCGCCAUAAAGAUUUUUCCCUUUCUCCCGCCAAAUGUCCGUCGUACGAGAUAUCAUUCAACGAAGCGAUGCUGACGAGAUAUCUUCCGCUCGGAAUGACGACCUCGUCCAAUCAUAUUGUAAAGCCUUGGGUUCAAAAUCGACUACCUUUUGCCUUCCGAACCCUCGGAGUGCCACCGUAUAUCAUCGCUGAACAUAUUUUCGAAGACGACAGUAAAAGUCAUGGCUCCCGAGUAUCCUGCCUGAAGUGGGAUAUUUUGGUGUUACAAUAAAACAGUAGCAAAAAAAUUCUCACGUGGUUCUUCUCCGUUGCUGCUACUAUCGAGAAGAGUCGUCGAAAUGGUGGCCAUAGCGGUCGAAAAGGA